ACGUGCAAGCGCGCGCGGAAACGCUCUGUGGACGAAAAAGGGGAGGGGACAAACAGCACAUCCUCUCCUGCCCUGAAUCCAUGGAUCUGCAUGAAUGAAAAUGAUCUUCACCACCAGGACCUAGAAAAACUGUUUAAUCUGAUGCUUAGAGGCCUUCUCUGUGAGGUCCUAACCAUCAGGACAUUUCUCUGGUCAUCAGUUCCAAGUGCAAGCUGGAUGCAUGGUAUAGCAUCAUUCCACACUUCUGGUGACAAGCAAGGAACCAGCAUCUCAAAGGGUCCCUUGAUCCAGAAUGUUGUUGUUGUUAUGUGCCUUCAAGUCGAUUACGACUUAUGGCAACCCUAUGAAUCAGUGACCUCCGAUAGCAUCUGUCAUCUUGGAUGUCUGGCAUUUCUUGCUCCAUAUAUGGUUAUCUGGCAGUCAUGGAGAAUUGCAUUUCGCUCUAAUCAAGAAAGGAUUUGCCCAAGAGAAGUGAAGAAACGCCAUAAAGAUUUUCUCUUGGAUGAACAAUUACACAAGCAAAUGCAAAAUGUCUUUGGAACCAAAAUGCUAGACUACGUUCUCAAUUUGUGUCAAGGACACUAUGACUUCCUAUUUCGAAUGCCUGAGAAUUUGAUCAUACACAUCUUGUCAUUUCUUAAUACAGAGGAUAUAAGGCAAUUGUCACAAACAUGUAAAAAGUUUCAGCAGCUUUGCAAUACUGAAGAAUUUUGGGAAAGAAGGAUGCAAGACAAAUACACUCUUGAUGUACAAACAGUCAAGUUUCCAGCUUACAAGAAACCAAUUAAUUUCAGCCAAAGACCAGGCUAUUUGACAAGGAUGCAGAGAAGGCAGACCACAUUCUUCUAAAACUGACUGCAGAUGAGUGAUUAUCUUGCAAGACUCCUGCACUCCUGUUCAGCUCAAACAAUCCAGGUACUGAAUCUUUUGAAGAUGGACUGGCUUUUGCAAAAGUCCACAGGGCUGGUGUGGACUAGGAAUGAAAAAAACCCAAAAACCCUGCAUCCAGUGAUGGGUGUAAAGCAUGCAGAAGAAAAAGCCAAAGCUAUACAGCAGAUAUUCCAAAACUUUCCCCCCAAGGACCAUAUGAAAAUUGCUAAGGGUCUUGGCCGACCACUUUUUUUUCCUGUCUGUUGUAGCAAUUAUGAUGCUGUAUGAUUUUUAAUAGUUUUUAAAAAUUUCUUAUAUUGUAUUUUACUGUAUUACAAUCUAAAUUCCACAGAAUUCUAUAGGAUUCAAAUUGUAAAGUUUCUUCACAGACAUGCCAUGGACCACCUGAAUGAAACUCACAGAACAGUGGUGGUCCAUGGACCACAGUUUGGAAACCCCUGCUAUAGAACAACAUCAUACAAUCUUAUUCAUAAUAAAGAACCGACAACUUAGUUUUUUGAACUAUACUUUACAGCAUCUGUGGAACUUUGGCUCCUUCUUCAGUACUCUGUGAUACAGAAGCACAUGGCAUCCCCCUUUUCAGAUGUCUAAGAAGUCAUGUGUUCUGGAAGCUGAAAGUGUUCAGUUCAUGAAAGAAAAUGGCUUUUCAAGUUGUGUGUUAUUUCCCAAAAACAUGUUAAGAUUUUUAAAAUAAUUACACUAUUUCUCUCAAAACCAGAGGAACAUCAACCCUCAUCUGGAUAAAAUCAUGUGCAACUGUUACAUUAAGUAGGCCCACCUAACAGGAAGAGAAGGACAUUUACAUUUGCAUUGCCAUUUUUAUCCUACAAUGCAGAUAGGGAUUGCACUACAUCUUUUGUUUCUAGGUAUGUAGUUGCAUCCAAUCUGCCUGUGCCAUUCUCAGUGCAGCACAGGAAGGCACUCAUGAUG